GGGAGGGAGAAAGGGAGGGAGCCACGAGCAGAUGAAAGAGGGAGAGAGGAGAUAGGUGUAGCAGAGGGAGCCAGGCAAGAGAGAGAGAGUUGACAGAGAGCUGUAGAAGAGAAGGACCCCCCCCCACCCCCUCUCCCACAAACAAUACACACACACACCCCUGCUUGAACCCUCCUGAGCUGAGCCGUGCCAGGCUGCGUGAUACCGCCGCGGUGAUUUCCCCCCCGAAACAGCUCCCCAACAACCUUCGCCACGGAGCUCAGAGAACGCGGGAGUGGGUUGUGCAGGAGCAGGAUCCUGUUGCCUGGAUACCCCUGCUGUCGCCACGGCGGCAAAAAGCCAGGACUGAACCGUGUGUGUGUGUUUGCUGGCUGGUGCCACUGCCAUGGGAAAAACACAGCUGGCUGACUGUCUGAAUGGCUCCCUCGCGUGCUCGCUCGCUGGCUCCCUCGCUGCCAUGCACAUAUGAAUAAGGGAGGAAUCACCCUGAUACGGGGGCUUUGAGGAGAGGAGGUGGGAGGCAGGGGGUCGGAAGAGGUGGCUGGCACCCUGCUUUGGAUGAUGAAGAAAGCUGCUUGGUAGGUAGGGAGAGAAACUAGAGCGAUUGCCUUGGCUACCGAGUGAAAGAGAGGAAGCUGGGGUAGACGAGACCCUGAGACAGGAGAGCCAGGGAAAGGAAAGACUGGUGGAGGGAACAGUAACGAUUGGGGCUGGCUGGGUUAGUUCAGCAGGAAGGGGGGAGGUGGCAGCUAGCUGGCUGUGUGGAGCCAUGCAGAUCCAGGCUUCUGCUCCACAGUCCAAAGCCUCCAGCUUCAUCCUCAGUCAGAGAUGUGUGCUGGCCUCCAAAAUGGAAAUUCACCGUGAACAGAGUAUCUGCCAGGCGCGAGCCGCUGUAAUGGUGUACGACGAUGCCAAUAAGAAGUGGGUCCCGGCUGGUGGUUCCACCGGCUUCAGCAGAGUCCACAUCUACCACCACACAGGCAACAACGCCUUCCGUGUAGUGGGACGCAAGAUCCAAGAUCAUCAGGUGGUGAUAAACUGUGCAAUCCCCAAGGGUCUGAAGUACAAUCAGGCCACACAGACCUUCCACCAGUGGCGUGACUCCAGGCAGGUCUACGGCCUCAACUUUGGCAGCAAGGAGGAUGCCAAUGUAUUUGCCAGUGCCAUGAUGCAUGCCCUGGAGGUGCUCAACUCCCAGGACUCAGGCCCCACAUUGCCCAGACAGGGCCCCCAAGUUCAGAAUGGCCCCACACCAGAGGAGAUGGACCUGCAGAGAAGGCAGCUUCAGGAGCUGCAGAGGCAGAAGGAGAUGGAGCGAGAGCGCCAAGACAGGGAGCGUCAGGAGCAGGAGCGCCUGGAGCGAGAGAUGCUGGAGCGUGAGCAGGAACGUCUGGAUCGAGAACGUCAGGAGCGAGAACGUCAGGAACGGGAGCGUCAGGAGAGGGAGGCGCAGAUGGAGAGGGAGCGGCUAGAGCGGGAGCGCCAGGAGCAGCAGGAGCGCGCCGAGCGUGAGCUGAUGGAGCGGGAGAAGGCGGAGAGAGAGCGGCUGGAGAGGGAGCAGCAGGAGCAGUUGGACAGAGAGCAGCAGGACUGGGAGAGAGGGAGGCGCAUCUCUAAUGCCUGGUGAGUGAUCCACUUUGCUUUUGAAAGCACCCUGUACACUCCCACACCUCAGGAGUACGGUAGAACGUCCUCAACACCCGUAUCUCCAUCCACGCCCACCUACCCAGCUCCUGGGACACCAUCACCCUCCUCCACCACACCCCCGACCCCACCACUCAGGCACUCGGCUUCCCGUUUCGCCACUUCGCUUGGUUCCGCUUUCCACCCAGUCCUGCCUCACUACGCCACUGUCCCGAGGCGACAGCAAGCCUUUCCACAAGCCCCGCCCCCUGCGCCUGCUCCAGCCCCCACACCUCCUCCUCCACCCAAGUCUGUGGUGUGGUCAGCGUGUAACUUUACCCCAUUGCCUCCAUCUCCCCCUGUCAUGAUAAGCAGCCCCCCAGGAAAGGCCACAGGUCCAAGGCCACUCAUCCCCAUCGCAGCGCCUUCCCCUCUGACCCAGAAGCCCCCCUCGCCUUCCCCCAACGGCCCGCCCAUGUUCCCCGCACCCUCGCCUUUGACCAUCCCGCACAGCCACACCCCUAUUGGCAUCGCCUGCCCAACCCCGCCUCCCCCACCCACCCCGCCCCCUCUCCCCUCCCCUGUAGCUCCCCAUCCGUCUUCCUCUUCCGCCUCGUCUCCCCCCUCCUCAUCCCAGGCUCCUGGUGUGCCCUCUCCCUCCACAGCACCCCUUGCUGCUGCAGCCACUGCCGCCACCUCUGCCUCUGUUGAGCAUCUCUCCCUCCCUUUGGGCCUGGGCCUGCCGGGGCCGGGGGAGCUGGACACAACCACAGGCCCAGAGCCCCACCCGUCUCAGGGGGGCUUCUCCUGUCAGCCCCAGGAUGUGGUGCAAACCCCGGGGCUGACCACCCCGACUCCUCCUCCACCUCCACCCCUGCCACCCAGCUCCACUGUGACCUCCGCGACCACCACCCCGGCCGCCACCCCCACCACCCCGGCCAUGCACCCUCCCCCGCCCCCGCCUCCUCCGCUCCCUCCUACACUGACUCCAUGUGGGACUCCCCCACCACCACCAGGUCCACCUCCUCCUCCAGGAGCCCCACCCCCUCCCCCGGCACCUCCUCUUCCCGCUGGACUGUUCUCUCCUGCAGAGGACCGCCCCCUCUCAGGCCUGGCCGCCGCCCUCGCUGGAGCCAAGUUGCGCAAAGUGCCAAGGGUUGACGAUGCAGGGGCAGCUCUGGCAGCAGCCAUGACGGGGGCUGCAGCAGCCGCGGGGGCCAAAUCUGAAGCCAGAGGCAAUGGCCCUCUGCCUGGAGGAGGAGGGCUCAUGGAGGAGAUGAGUGCCCUGUUGGCCAGGAGGAGAAGAAUUGCAGAGAAGGGCUCGUCACCUGAACCUGACCAGAGAUCAGAGGAGGGCGAAAUAAACACAACUCCUAAAAUGUCAGCCUGUAGCACACCAGACAUGCCGAGGAAGCCAUGGGAAAGAACAAACACCAUGAACGGUAGCAAAUCUCCAGUUAUUGGAAGACCUAAAUCAACUCCUACGCCCACUGCGUCCUUAAGUGCCAACGGUGUGCCAACAGAAGCUGUUGACUAUGACAGAUUGAAACAGGACAUUCUUGAUGAGAUGAGGAAGGAGUUGUCGAAGCUAAAAGAAGAGCUCAUUGAUGCAAUCAGGGAGGAGCUGGGCAAGUCCAGCACGGCAUAGAGGAUCCAAACAUGCUGUUCAGAACAUCCAUAUCCAGGUGACCCAACAGACAACCACAGUCAAUUCAAGACACGAUGAAACAACAGCGGAAUACAACAACAACAACAACAAAUGGUGGAGACAGUGAUGAUGACCACAAUAAUCAUAUUAACACAGAGAGAGGACUUUAUUUGCGGUGGAGCAGCAUUGGACACAAUAACAAUGGAUAGAGUAGUGGUGGAAGGCUUGUAACUCUGAUAGCUGUGACUCACAGAAUCCAUUCUGCAAAGUCUUGUUUUCCCGCUGCCCCCCCCCACCCCCCCCCACACACCCCCACCGCCCCUUCCCCUUCCCCCCUCCAGCUGAGGGUCUCUCAUCCCUCUGGGGGUCAAGUGAAGUCUUUAUGCAAAGAUGACUUCUCUCCCUUUGUCCUAUAAUAACAAGAAAAUACACACACCCACACCCACACACACACACACACAAAAUAAUAACGUUGAACUCUUCGAUGAUACUGUAUUAACCACUGGCGCAAGUGAACAGCAACAUUGAUGCUAAGAAUCAGAACUCUUGUGAUUUACUAUCAAAAGGCACGUUUUAUUAAGGGAGUGUGGCGAUGUGAAGAAGGUGGGGGAUGGAAAAUAGAAACUUUUUUUUUUUUUUUUCCCAUAAUGCCAUAGGGGUAGCAUGCGUGCGUGUGUGUUUGGGUGUGUGUGAGUGUGUGUAUGGGGGACUGACAGUCUCUGGUGAAGUCCACCACUGCAGGACACUGUAAAGCUUGUCUUCCUAAAAUACUAUUUUAACCUGAACAUGUACAAAAGAGAGAAAAAGUUAUUUAGAAAAAAAAAAAUGUAUCUAUCAACCAUGUCUGCUUCUGUGUAGAUCUAUGGCCAUAUCAAGUAGCUCAAUAAUCCAGUCUUUAAACAGGAAGCUCUCACGUCUGUCUCUUCAUCUGUGGAAUCAUAAUCACAAGUGUUUUUUCCCUCCUGAAGUGAACAUUCUGUGGAGACAUUUUACCGUCAUGCUAGCUGACCAUGGCCAGACGUGUAGAUAGAAAUGACUUCCUUCCUGUCCGUUUUGAUUUGAAGACUCUCUCCCACCGUUCUCUGUCAGUCUCUGUCAUGUUUGUCAUAUUUAGUGCACGUUUUCUUUAUAAGGCGAGGGUCACAAGUCUGCCACGAAAUUGUAUUAACUGUCACAAGUUUUAUUACAAGCAAUAAGUGUAGCAUCUAUUUUAAGGCCCACCUGCCCAUGUCCCGACACCACCAGACAUAUUUCAGUGUUUGUCCUUUCUCGGCCCUCCUGUUACUGUGUGACACUACGCCACCUCUUGUCAUCUGUCUUGCAGAUUUUCUGUGAAACGGAAAGCUGACAUGAAAGAAUACGAGAACAACACUGUAAGACAUGAAUUCAUGGAAUUUCUCAAUCACAAUACUCUCCUUUUUUAUUUUGGAUUUGUUUUCCUAUAUAAUCCAAGGAUACUGUAUAUUCAGCCACAUUGGAGCUGAACUGAUUUUUUAUCAUUUAUUUUUUAUUUUACAACAUUUAUAAAAGUAAAUCUUUUUAAAGGUGCACAGGUCAACCCAAAUGUGUAAAAGAUGGUGUCCAUGUCAGGACAUGAUUGUGCCAUUUACUCUUUCACCAGUGCUUACUGAUGACAUGUUUGUUUCAUCUUAUUUGUCUUUGCCUUUUUCUCCUGCCACUGUCAAAUCCUUAAAAUGAGAAACUUUAUUUUCCCUGGAGAUAUAUACAUAUAGAAGGGAAGUGUCACUUUAUUCUAAAAUACGUUUGUUUCAACAUUUCCUUCUUUUCAGUGCUGAGUUUGUUGAAUACAAUCAACCUGAGAGGGAUAUGUUGGGAGCUGAGACUGUAGCUGUUGCUCCAAGAUUGCAUGUCAUGGUAACAGAUCCGAGUUAGUAGAGUUAGUGUUAGUCACAGUUCUGUUCUCUGUAUCCAAAUGAGACUGAGGAGUCUUUUGAAUUCCGUGGUAUCUCGAUUGUUACAAGCAUCAAACAGGGAACUUACAAGGCAAUACAGUGUGUAUACUUCCAUUGUAGUUUCUGCCCCCUUUGCAGCAGUAACAGUAUUUGUAACUUAAAGGGCUACUGCAGUGAUUUAAUAUUGCACUUCCAUAAAGUUGGGAGACUUGCAGUAGGCCACUGUUAAAGUCAACAACAGAGGCCAAGACACUCUUCCCAAGGCUGAGUCAAAGGUUAAAAAAAAAAAAAAAAAAAAAGUUUGGUCCCAUAAUGCAACUUGAUCGCUUGUAACACUAGUUUGUACUGCUUUCUGAUAUAAAUCUUGGAGUUGCAGAGAUAACCCAGAUGAUAUCACUUUAAGACACAAUAAGAGUUAUUUUCCAGACUUCAGAGAAAACAUAACUCAACUGUUUCCAAAUGCUCCUCAUGACUUUUGAUGUGUAAACUGUGUAGAGUGCCUCUAUAAAUUAUUAUGAGUAGAAUUGGCUAAUGAGUUAUCAUAGCCUUUAAACCUGGUAUCCUACCAAAAGGUUUGUUAAUCAGGGGCUGUCUGUGACUGUUGGGUUUCAUACAACACAGCUGUUCAAGGGCUUGGAUGUUAUAGCUUUGCUACAAUAGAUUAAAAAAUCAACACACUGAGAAAAUUGUUUCCCUCUCAGUUUCUGUCAUUUGCUUGGGUUUGGGUCAAAUUUGUUAAGAAAUACUGUUUGCUUUCAAUUCCAGUUUAGACAUACAGAUGCCAUAAUCCUUUGGUGUGACAAGAGAUUUUGGCAUUUGUUUAAGCUGGUCUGUCUCAUGCUCUAACUAACCUUUUUUUAAAGGAAACACCCUGCCAAGAGGCUCCCUGUCCUGAGUGUUUACACAGCAAUGAUUGCACUUUAAGACAAAACCCCACACAGCAAACCAACAUACUCUGUCGCCAACAGUGCGGCUAUAUCUCACCAAACCGGCAGUCUCCUGCUAAACAUAAUCACUCUCAAAAAAGUCGCCUUUCUUAUUUUUGUAUCAUUUUGUCAAGAGAUCCAAAAAUAGAAAGAUGUCCAUCUCUAUUCAGUCCUUUGGGCGUGAUGGCAGUUGAAAUGUUUCGAUCAAGAGGUUUUUCUGUUAAAGCUAUGUGGUCUGUGCCUUGUUCUGAAGUUGCAUUUAUACAUCAGAGAUAUAAAGAUGACUAGUAAUAAUAUCUAGGGACUGUAAUUAUGAUCACAUGCAGUUGUUAUUUUGUCUUGGUUUUUUUUUUUUGGUCAUUUGAUUUGAAGGGAGAGCUCAAUGACCUCAGUACUGUUCCCCACCAAGAAAACAUCUUUGCACCAACAUCUUCUUUGUAUGUUUUUUUUUUUUUUUUUUUUUUUUUUUUUUUUACAUAAAUGUGGUUUCUUUCUACACAGUUGUGAGAUUGCUUUUCUUACAGCUCAGAAGUACAAUCAAAACCUUUUCGACAUGAGGCUCAUAGGGGUUCAAAGAUGAUCUUUGCUCUGAGAUGAUUUUUUUUCUAAACCUGGAGCCCUGUUUGGAAGCCCAGCUGAGUCUGACUGCAGUGUUCUGUGUUCCCUCACGCCAUUUCAGUGUAACAGAGACUGUUUGUGUUCAGCAGCUUCUAUUUCUUUACACACUUGGAAAUCUCUGAGAAAAACUAUGUUGUCCUCUGCAGUGAGGUCUGCUCCAUGUUAAUGUCAGAUUGCUGAUGGAAUAAAAAAAAUGUGUUGUGUGUCUGUAAACCCAGUUUUCUGCUGAAGGAACUGAAAGAAUUGUGAAUUUGCUGGAAUAUUUGAGGAGAUGAUUUGGCUGAAGCAAGUUUGAUGGAUGGGUUUCCAGACUUAUUCUUUUAUCAUCUGCAUUGUACCAUACUGUUCUCACGUUAAUUAGUCUUUCUUACAUGCUAACAUAUUGUUUUGUUUGAGCAAAUUAAAUAAAAAUCGCAAUAUAAGACAA